CCGGAAGUUCCGCUUGGGAUCGCUGGACUGGGCCCGAGCGGACGCGGGCUCGGGCUGCGGGGCUCGGGCUCGGGCUCGGGCUGCGGGCACAGGGCUAGCCGGGCGCGAAGCCUGGGAGCGGUGCCCAGGCCGUGCCGCGCAGCGCCAUGAAGGGCAAGGAAGAGAAGGAGAGCGGCGCCCGUAUGGGUGCCGGCGGCGGAAGCCCCGAGAAGAGCCCGAGUGCGCAGGAGCUCAAGGAGCAGGGCAACCGGCUCUUCGUGGGCCGCAAGUACCCGGAGGCUGCGGCCUGCUACGGCCGCGCCAUCACCCGGAACCCCCUGGUGGCAGUGUAUUACACCAAUCGGGCCCUGUGCUACCUGAAGAUGCAGCAACACGAGCAAGCGCUGGCUGAUUGCCGGCGCGCCCUGGAGCUGGACGGGCAGUCUGUGAAGGCGCACUUCUUUCUGGGGCAGUGCCAGCUGGAGAUGGAGAGCUAUGACGAGGCUAUUGCCAAUUUGCAGCGAGCCUACAGCCUGGCUAAGGAGCAGCGACUUAACUUUGGGGAUGACAUCCCUAGUGCACUGCGCAUUGCUAAGAAGAAACGCUGGAAUAGCAUCGAGGAGCGGCGUAUCCAUCAGGAGAGCGAGCUGCACGCCUACCUCACGAGGCUCAUUGCGGCAGAGCGAGAGAGGGAGCUGGAGGAGUGCCAGCGGAACCAUGAGGGUGAUGAGGAUGAUGGCCAUGUCAGGGCUCAGCAGGCCUGCAUCGAAGCCAAGCAUGACAAAUACAUGGCGGACAUGGAUGAGCUCUUCUCUCAGGUAGAUGAGAAGAGAAAGAAGCGAGAUAUCCCUGACUACCUGUGUGGCAAGAUCAGCUUUGAGCUGAUGCGUGAGCCGUGCAUCACGCCAAGUGGUAUCACAUAUGACCGCAAGGACAUCGAGGAGCACCUGCAGCGUGUAGGCCACUUUGACCCUGUGACCCGGAGCCCCUUGACCCAGGAACAGCUCAUCCCAAACCUGGCCAUGAAAGAAGUCAUCGAUGCAUUCAUCUCUGAGAACGGCUGGGUGGAGGACUACUGAGGCACUCCCCAUGGCACCUUUCCUGGUAUCUUGGCCUAGGAGGGGCCUGAGGCAGAAGUCCCCAAUCCCUGUACAAAGUUAAUGUCUCUGGGCCCUGCCCCCCCAUCAGUUCCGUUGGCCUCUGACUGCUCUCCCUCUCAGCAUAGCUCUUGCUGGGCCUUCCCUGUUCUGUCUGGCUGGAAAACAGGUGAGGGUGGGCUGGGCCGAGGCCACUGCUGCUGCCACUGUCUCUGUAAUAAAAUCUGUGAGCAC